AUGUCUACUCAAGGGUUUAAGUUGAGGGCAGGCUUUUGUGAAUAUGAUCCAGAAUCCAAGAUUUGUACUCCUGUGCCCUGUCAGGGAGAAAUAGAGGUUAAACCUAAUGAAGAAGAAGAGAUGGGAUUUUGGGACUUCCAAUGGAGACCAGUUGAAAAACCUGUAGGUAAAGAAUUGAAUACAAUUUCUUUGAUAUUAAUUCCUGGUGAGACUCUUUGGGUCCCUGUUACCUCGUGUAAGAACGGUAGAAUAUUCGCAUUGGUAUUCUCAUCUAAUGAAAGGUACCUGUUUUGGCUACAAGACAAGAAUCCAGCAUCUUUGAAACUAAAUGAAUUGAAUGAUAAAGAGCGUAAAGUUUAUGACAAAAUGACCAAAGUUCUAAAUGCGGAUGAAGACGUCGAAAUGAAGGAUUGA